AUGUCGAUCCCGUUGCGCUACUACGAGAAGAGUCUAUUCGGAGGUUGUGGGGUUGGUUUUUUGAGAGUAGCACAGGUGGCACCUGAGAGCACAGGUUUCCGAAAGAGAAGAACUUUUAAAGGCAUGUUGCUCAAACAAGAGGGUAGUAAUGGGCUUAUUUGCUGGGUUUUGGAGAUUCCACCAUGCUCCGUUGUCCAACGGAGAUUGUUAGGCUGGCGCUCGAGUUUAUUUCAAGGCCAUCGGGACUGGAGAGAAUCAGUUGAUUUCAAAAAUGCCAAGGGCCUUGCCUGCAUAUUUAUUGAUGAUGAGACGGAGGAUGCAGAUUUACGCUAG